CCCCCAUGCACUGGACACAGGAAUUCACCGAAGCACGAAACAUUGUCCUUCGCAGUGAUUCGCGGGAGUCCCAGGUAAAGGAGCAAACAAGCUCAUGCCGGCGCCUCCAGGCCAAGGCUUGUCUCCCUUAAAACAUGCACCACCUGCGCUUUCUCUCCCAGGCCAAGAUAUCUUCCUCCCCACCUUGAUUUCGUUGUCUCCUUCUCAUCAAGAACCUUUGGCAGCUCCCUCUUCACACCUAACUCUCCGUCCUCCUCUAGCCUGCCCAGGAUGCGCUCCUCACAUUUCCUAGCCCUAUGGGCUGCAGCUGUCUCGGCCCAGUCAAACGUCACUGUUCUCAAUUUCCUAUUUGACGACAAAACUCUCACUAUCAAAGGCUCGAAGGACUCCACCACUACUUAUGAACAUGCCUGCCCAGCAUCGACUAGUGGUGCUGCCUCAUCUAGACCGGCCUCAUCUGGUGAAGCCUCAUCUGGUGCAGCACCCUCAAGCACCAUAGACCUUGUCUCCACUAUCACAGAUUCUUCCAUUAUCGGCUCCGCAACUUCCGAAGGUGCUGGCACCCUCACCCUUGCGCCAAUUACUGGGUUACCAACCAAUUUCCCCAUCCAGACCGCCAAAGCUCGUGUACGUCGCGACGACAAUAGCACAGAUUGCGAGCCGUAUACCAUCAUUCAAGGGCCAUCUACUUGGGAGUUCCAUCUCACCGACCCCAUCCCAGGGGCAUGGACACUAGAUAUGAGUUGCACAUUUGGUGAUGGCGGUCUCACCACGGCAGACGCGACGUGCACUGGAGCAGCGCGCGGGGAAAUUGUAGGCAACCAAACUGGAACUAGCACCGUUACAUUUGCGCACACCGACCUAGUCAGUUCCAGUAUAUUUGAGACAGUUAAUGUAGUCUCCGCUACCGCGGCGCCGACGGGAUCAGUUUCGAGCAGCCGUGCUUCAGGCUCUGCUCCAGGCCCUGCUUCAGGCUCAACAGCGUCUGCUACAGCUCACAGUACUGGUCUCGCGCCAGCCUUGCCUCUUCCAACCGGUGGUGUCAUGGCCCUUGUAGGAGGUGCUGCUGGCAUUUUUGCUGCGGCUCUUGCGUUGUGAGGGAAAUUUGAUUUGUAUUUCAUAUCACUAAGCAUGGAACAAAGUAGGCAAAAAAAGCAAUAUUUUGGCAUCUGGUCCGUGAGUUCGAAUAUUGGCUUGCCUUCAAAUCGGUCGGCCCUUAUCCAUUUUCAUAUAAUACACGAAUUGUAU